AUGGAUAUCGACGCUAGGUCAACUGCACGUCUUAACUGUUGUUGCGUUGAAGGAUUGUUCCGUCCAGCUAUGGCUGCGAUUGAUGUGAACACAUCAAUUACCUCGCAUAAGACAUCCACGAUCCGCAACUACAACACACAACCUCGACUUGUUUAUAAGACUGUCGUCGGUGUAAAUGGACCGCUGGUAAUUUUGAACGAAGUGAAGUUCCCACAGUACAAUGAAAUCGUGCAUAUUACUCUGCCAGAUGGGACGAAAAGGUGUGGACAGGUCUUGGAAAUCACAAGAAACAAAGCUGUCGUGCAGGUAUUCGAAGGGACAUCCGGCAUUGAUGCGAAAAAUACUGUUUGUGAGUUCACUGGCGAUAUCUUGCGUACCCCUGUUUCUGAGGAUAUGUUGGGACGCAUCUUCAACGGAUCUGGCAAACCAAUCGAUAAGGGACCACCUGUACUUGCUGAAGAUUUCUUGGAUAUCAACGGUCAGCCUAUAAAUCCCUGGUCACGGAUCUAUCCUGAAGAAAUGAUUCAGACAGGCAUCUCUGCUAUCGACGUGAUGAAUUCUAUCGCUCGCGGGCAGAAAAUCCCCAUUUUCUCAGCUGCAGGCUUGCCUCAUAACGAAAUUGCGGCACAAAUUGUACGCCAAGGAGGUCUUGUAAAACUGCCUGACAGCAAACAAGAAGGUUCUGAUUCAAACUUUGCCAUUGUUUUCGCAGCUAUGGGUGUGAACAUGGAAACUGCUCGAUUCUUCAAGCAGGAUUUCGAGGAAAACGGAUCUAUGGAAAAUGUCUGCCUGUUCCUCAACUUGGCUAAUGACCCAACAAUUGAGCGCAUCAUCACUCCACGUCUGGCACUAACAGCUGCGGAAUUCUUUGCAUAUCAAUGUGAAAAACAUGUGCUUGUCGUACUCACUGAUAUGUCUUCCUACGCUGAAGCUUUGCGUGAAGUUUCUGCGGCGCGCGAAGAAGUACCAGGUCGCCGAGGAUUCCCAGGUUAUAUGUAUACAGAUUUGGCUACUAUCUAUGAACGUGCCGGGCGUGUCGAAGGACGUGAUGGCUCCAUAACACAAAUACCCAUUCUCACCAUGCCAAACGAUGAUAUUACUCACCCGAUACCGGAUCUUACUGGCUACAUUACUGAAGGACAAAUAUACGUUGAUCGCCAACUGCAUAACAGACAGAUUUACCCUCCAAUUAACGUUUUGCCUUCACUGUCUCGACUAAUGAAAUCUGCUAUUGGUGAAGGAAUGACACGUGUUGACCAUUCAGACGUUUCUAAUCAGUUGUACGCAUGUUAUGCGAUAGGAAAAGACGUACAAGCAAUGAAAGCAGUGGUAGGAGAAGAAGCACUGUCAUCUGAUGACCUCCUCUACUUGGAGUUUUUAGGAAAAUUCGAGAAAAAUUUCAUUGCACAAGGGAACUAUGAAAAUCGAAACGUAUUUGAGUCACUCGAUAUAGGAUGGCAACUGCUACGUAUUUUCCCAAGAGAAAUGUUAAAGCGAAUUCCAGAAAGUAUACUAGACAAGUUCUAUCCUAGAGGUGGAGCGAAGUCAAAGUCAGAUUCGUCUUGA